AAACGGCUUCAUCCCGGGCCCCCUCGGCCGCCGACCUCUCCCGGCGGUCGAGGAAAGAUGGUGGGCCGGAACAGCGCCAUCGCCGCCGGCGUGUGCGGGGCCCUCUUCAUCGGCUACUGCAUUCACUUUGACCGCAAGAGACGGCGUGACCCCAACUUCAAGAACUGGCUGCGAGAACGAAGGAAGAAAGAGAAGCUUGCCAAGGAGAGAGCUGGACUGUCCAAGUUACCUGACCUUAAAGACGCGGAGGCUGUUCAGAAGUUCUUCCUUGAAGAAGUCCAGCUGGGGGAAGAGUUACUCGCUCAAGGGGAGUAUGAGAAGAGUGUGGACCACCUGACCAACGCGAUCGCGGUGUGCGGCCAGCCCCAGCAGUUACUGCAGGUGUUACAGCAAACUCUCCCGCCACCAGUGUUCCAGAUGCUUCUGACCAAGCUGCCAACAAUUAGUCAGAGAAUUGUAAGUGCUCAGAGCUUGGCUGAGGAUGAUGUGGAAUGAGAAACAAAUGUCAACAUGAUCUCAAUUAAAAAUAUUUUUAAAAUCUU